GCCACACAUAAGUUCUGCUUUUCAAAUAAAAAUAAACAGCAACACCUAUUUUAACGUAACAACAUAUUAAUAUACAUAUUAAAAUGUUAUAUAUAUUGAAGUGAAUAGUAUUUGAAAAUCACACCGUUGGAUCGUUUAGCGUUAGCUAGCCCGGUUACAACAGUUACAACUUCCUGUUUCUACCGGACACAUUUGGCUGCUGUACAUUUCGGAAAUAUACAUUUCAGCAUGGCUUUGGGGCAGCUUAAGUUAGCUACCGAACAAUUUUCGCAACCGUGAACGGAAUUAUUCGAAAUAUACCUCUGCGUCGGGGUGGCUACACGGUAUACUUACUCCGUAGACACAUGUUGGUGAGACAGUGUUGACCGCUACCUUUUUACGUUACGUGGUGACCAAGUGAAGGAGCUCUACGGUCCAGCGUGGCAGAAGACGUUAAACACAGAUUACUUACGUUAACCAAAUAAUACGCAAUAUUUCACCGAAAGUAGCCACAAUGUCAACGGUGAAGUCUAAGACAAAAGACUCGCCAGCGAAAACACAACGACCCACAUCUUCGAAGGGAAACGACACAUCGAAAAAGAAAAGGAAACAGUGGAUGACAGCUAAGUUUUUAACGAUAAAGCCACCACCCAAGAACCAAGUAAAAGUAAAAGCUCCGCAAUCAUUACCUCCAAAAGAUUGCUUACAGUUUUCUGCCAACUGGAAGACAUUGCAAGAGAUGCUGAAGGCCAGUCAACCGGAGAAGAAGCAGCCGCCUGUGGCAUCAAGACCUCCGAAUGGUGCUCUUCAAAAGCUAAAGAAGGGGGCUAAAGAAAAUUCUACAAAAAACAUUUCUAAGAACAAUGUCUGUCCCGAGCAGACAGGCGCUGUGACAAAAGUGAAGCAAAAAUCUGUCCCUAACAAAGUUGUCCCGAAGGACUCUCAGGUGAACUCGAAGGUUCCAGCUGUAAAGGAGACAAAACAGUCUGCUGCUCCAAAAAGGAAAAGAGACAGUGGAAAGUUAAACAGCGAGCAAGCAGCCAAGAAAAAAAAGCCUGUGGUCGAGAAGAAGGAACCAACAGAAGAGGACAUGUGGUUCGAUGAUGUGGACCCUGACGACAUUGAGGCAACAGUGGGAGCAGAGGCAGCAGAGAUCAUGAGGAAGAAGCAGGGCAUUCGGAAGCAUACAGACACAGAGAGUGUCCUGGUCAAGGAGGGAGCGUUUGAGGGCCUCACCAAAGCCGUGGCCAUUGAUUGCGAGAUGGUGGGAGUUGGUCCUGAUGGAGAGGACAGCAUCUUGGCUCGUGUGUCCCUCGUGAACAUCUUUGGGAAAUGCAUCUAUGACAAAUAUGUGAAACCCACAGAAAAGGUAACAGACUACAGGACAGCUGUCAGUGGAAUCCGACCAGAGGACAUCAAAAAGGGGGAGAAUGUACAGCUUGUGCAGAGGGAGGUUUCUGAGAUCCUGCAAGGCAGAAUAGUGGUUGGACAUGCCCUGCACAAUGACCUAAAGAUUUUACUUUUGGAUCAUCCAAAAAAGAAAAUCCGGGACACUCAGAAGUACAAACCUUUUAGGAAGGCUGUUAAGAGUGGCCGACCCGCUCUGAAAGUCCUCUGUAGAGAGAUACUCAACGUUAAGGUCCAACAGGGUGAACAUUCAUCUGUCCAAGAUGCACAGGCCACCAUGAGGCUCUACACAAUGGUGAGAAAACAGUGGGAAGCAGAGAUUAAAGCCAGUCAUAACAACAAAGACUCAGCUGUGAAGAGGACAAGGAAGCCAAAGUUCACCAAGGCCAAGAAUUUCAUGGGAUUAUGAUGAAUUAAAAAUCAAUAUGCAAAAGGACAGACCAUAUCUGGAGCAUCCUUGACUGGAACAAUGAGAGUUGUCAAGAUGUCCAUAAAAUGUGAUUCUAACCCCCUCAGACAGACAGGUCUUGAGAAACUUGCACAAAGCCAGGUGUGUUCUGCCUGAGCAUCCAAGGCUGGGACUCUCACAGGGACUCGAACACCCGAGAGAUCAUGGAGCUUUUAUUUCCUUUUCCUUUCUUUAAUUAAGACAUUGUUUCCCAAACUUGUUAUUUCUAGCAGUCAGAGGCAGAUGUUUAAAUCAUCCAUUUUUAACUUCUGAAUGCUCAUAAAAACUCGAUCAUUUGUCCACGAGCACAACAUCUUUUAUUUUUGCAUAAUGGUUCAAGUGUUAUAUACAUUUUUUGUUUAGGUAAUUGUUCUCUCAUGACUUGGUUUGUAGUGACUUGUUGCCUUGUAUGUUUUAAAAAGUAUGAAUAAAACGAGAUAAAUGAUUUCAAUGUAGCUAUUAUGCCAUUAUUGUUAAUACAAUCCCUCACCAGUGAUACCGUUUUUUUGUCAGUGACAGAAAUGAACCCAUCUGGGUCCAGUGUUGCCUGAAACUGAUCUCUAAGAAGCAGAGGGUUGAAUAUACAUAAAUGUGCUCCAUGGAUUUUUAGACUCGCAUUGGCAUAAUCUGCUGCUCUCGUAUGACCUAAUGACCAUUCUCAAGAUGUUUGGAAAUAUGGUGACAAGUGUGUCUUGUAGCUUGGUGACAUGUUGCUCAUAGAAUUUAAACUGCAAAGUAAAUUUGAUUUUUUACAGCUUCAUUGACAGCCAGAGUUUGUCCAAAGUUAGACCACCACAGCUUUUCUGUUCACACACAUGUUCUCUGUUCUCACAAAUCACUUCUAGAUGAGUUCUCAGAUGACCCAUGAAGCAUAAAUGCUGUCUUUGUA